GUAAUAAUAGCAUUUGAAACCGGUUUUGUUCCACCAAAUAUCAAUUAUACAUCGCCAAGGAAUGAUAUAGAUGCCUUAAUAAAUGGAACAAUUCGUGUCAUCGAAAAACCAAUGCAACUUCAAAAUGGUUACGUAGGAAUUAAUAAUUUCGGUUUUGGGGGAUCCAAUGCUCACGUAUUAUUAAAGUGGAAUGAUAAACUGAAAAUAAAUAAUGGAGCACCAAAUGAUGACUUAUCUAGACUUGUGGUAUUAUCUGGACGCACUGAACAAUCAGUGAAAUUAUUUUUAAAUGAUAUUGCUAACCAUCCAAUAGAUGUAGAAUAUAUUCGCUUAUUACACGAUAUCUAUGCAGACAAUAUAAAAAAUCAUCCAUGGAGAGGGUACAUUAUACUGAAUUCUUUCCAAGAUUCAAUUAAGGAAAUUCAAAAUUAUGAAUGCGUGAAGAGACCUGUUUGGUUUAUAUUUUCAGUCUUGGGUUCUCAAUGGCCAGGAAUGG